AUGACGGUGGUUUGGGACACAAUUGAUCUUAACACCAUUCAUGGAAAUGGUACCAGAAGUAGCCGUGCUCACACGUGCAAUGUGCCAACAUUGGCUCAUGGUAACCAGAGCAAUAAACAGUCAGAAAUCGAGUAUGGAAUGGAUGUGAAAUACACAUGUGAGGUUGGAUAUAAGAUGAAUGGACCUGCUUUAGUUAACUGCACUGCAAAUGGUUUGAGUGCAACCACUACCUGUGAACUUCACACGUGCCAUGUGCCAAAAUUGGCUCAUGGUAGGCAGAACAAUAAACAGUCAGAAAUCGAGUAUGGAAUGACUGUGGCAUACACAUGUGAAGUUGGAUAUUGGAUGAACGGACCUGCUACAGUGACCUGCACUGCCAAUGGUUUAAGUGGACACACUUCAUGUUUUGGAUAUUAUAGGAGUGAAACUCGCCGUGCGAACGGUGACCUUCGUUGCCCAGUGGGCAUGUACUUAUCAGUUCCCCCUAUGUCCUACCUUCCAGAAGGACCAGGUAGCCAGAAAACUCUUUCCGAAGCAAAGGGCAUUUGCCAAGCACUACAUAUGACUUUACCACCAAGGAGUGCUGCUCAUUGCUUGUGGGACUUUGCCUACCACAGCACUGUUGGAAUAGAUAUUGGCUAUGAAGGUGUAUGGGCAGACUACUGGCUAAGCUCCUCUGCCGAUGUUGAAUACAAAGUAAAGUUAAGGAGUGGUGGUGAUGUGGAUCGUGAACGUGGAAGUGUAAUCUGCUAUGUUCACGCGUGCAAUGUGCCAAAAUUGGCUCAUGGUAGGCAGAACAAUACUGAGUCAGUAAUCCGGCAUGGGACGACUGUAGCAUACACAUGUGAUGUUGGAUAUAAGAUGAAUGGACCUGCUACAGUGACCUGCACUGCCAAUGGUUUAAGUGCCAACACUACCUGUCAAGUUCUCACUUGCCAUGUUCCAAAAUUGGUUGAUGGUAGCCAGAACAAUACUGAGCCAGUAAUCCAGUAUGGAAUGACUGUGGCAUACACAUGUAAUGUUGGACAUCGCAUGUUGGGAUCAGCUAGAGCGACCUGCACUGCCAAUGGUUUGAGUGCAGAAACCCCUUUCUGUAGACGAUGGUUCUGA